CCUUACCGUGGAGAGAUAAUUUGGAAUUGCGAUACAAUAGCUCUUCAGAGACUGGAAGAUGUCGGUGGCAGAGGGAAAGUCACGAAGUUCGAUAGAGAAGUCAAUAAAGUUGAAUCUAUGGAAGCUGUUUCCUCACGUUUUUCUCAUACUUUCACUCGUCGGAUAUGCAGCCUUGGGUGCGGUGCUAUUCUGGUACAUAGAGGGAGGGCGUGUGUACAAAACAGAACGGGAAUAUCGUGAGUUUUUGGGUGAACUGGUGCGCACAAUUCAGAAUUAUCCAGUUAAUUUGUCCAGCAAUUCUACUCAAGAACAAGAUUUGGUAAAGGAGCUAGAGAAAGAAAUCAACAGGGGGUUCAAGUCCAUAUGGCUUCAACGUCCAGAGCGAUGGACAUACGAUGCAUCCAUGUUCUUCUGCUGUACUGUAUUCACAACCGUGGGUUAUGGAGAGAUAUAUCCGGUGACCCUGAAUGGUAAGGUGGUCUGUAUCCUGUAUGCCAUGGUGGGUAUCCCCCUCAUGCUCCUGGUCAUCACAGAUGUGGGAGACCUCAUGGCCGUGCUCCUGUCCAGGGCCUACAUCCACCUGCACACUCUUUUCUGCAGGUUGCGUCAAUAUGGCCGCUGGCUCCCCUCCCAUCACACAGAGAAGUCAGGGGACGGGGGCCAGGGGGACCGCCAGGACGGAACCUACACAUUCAGCCACAAGGUGGUGGUCCGGGAGCCCAUCGACAUCCGACAGGUCCUUCACAGCCAGCAGUCUGUGAAGCGCAAGUCCAACCAGUUGCUGAACAACACAAAGAUCUUUGACUGCAUCAUUGCACAGGAGAACUUCAAUAGGCAGGGCCCACUGGUGCGGAGCCUUUCUUGCCAUGAGCUUGACAGCAUGCCUCCCUUGCCCAAGGACUUUGCCAUCUGGGACUUCACAGGCAUCGGGGAGAGUAUGGACAAGCUAAACGUCCCGCUGCUCCUCAUCCUGGUGGUGGUGUUUGCCUACAUCCUGUUUGGAGGCCUCAUCCUGCCCCUGUGGGAGACAGAGUUCAACACCUUUGACGCCUACUACUUUUGCUUCAUCACCCUCACCACCAUCGGCUUCGGUGACAUCGUGCCCAACCACCCCAAGUUCUUCAUGCUCACCUUCGUCUUCAUCAUCACUGGCAUGGCCAUCAUGUCCAUGGCCUUCAAGCUGGGCCAGUCACGCAUCGUCAGCUGUUACCGCCAGUGCAUGCGCUGUAUCAGCGGGGGGAAGGUCAAGAGGUAUGACGAGUUGGAGAGCGACUGAAUCAAAGAGUUUUGGCCCCCAUUGGGCAGCUCAAGGGUUCUAGGGUUAUAAGGCCCUGCACUGUGGGUCAAAAAAGCACUAAGAGUGGAGUUGAAGUUCUGUACGGCUGACUUGGGAACAGUGUCUAGCUCAGGGCGGUGCAAAGAUAACCCUUGAGUUGACCCCUCAUCAUUAGCAUGAGCAAAUGAAAAUGUGCAUGUGGACAAUGCUUAAAGACAUCCUCCAGUGAUUUUUUUUUUUAAAUGUCCAGUUGAAAAGUGAUAUCCCAAGUAUAAAUACAGUAAAGUACACACACUCAAGGGUAAAACCAAAAAGUUUAGAGAAAAAUAGUGUUUUUUUAGACACAAUUACAAACUUCAAGGAAUAGGGCAUUCAAGGAGUUGGUCUGAUGGGAAGUCGUGAUGUCAUCACCCUCCCUCCUUGCCUGAGGAACAAUAGAGGAACAUUAGAGAACAAAAGAGGAAAGGCCCACCCCCCUGUGAUAUGUCAUGACUCACCUUGACCACCUAUUGAGAUGUUCCUUUUGUUAAGUAAAUCAGGUAUUAAAUGAGGUAAAAAUGAGACGAGUGCCACUUUAAGCAAAAUUGUGUGAUGUUAUCUGUGUGAGAUUCAUCUUACAUGUCUGUUGCCUGAAUAUACACUGGGUGUACAAUAACAUUAGGAACACCUUGCUAAUAUAUUUGCACCCACUUUUGCCCUUAAAACAGCCUCAAGUUUGAGACUCUACAAGGUGUCAACUACAAGAUGUCAAAAGCAUUCCACAGGGAUGCUGGCCCAUGUAGACUCCAGUGCUUGGCUGGAUGUCCUUUGGGUGGUGGACCAU